CUAUGUGGACUGAUGAAAUGUAGGAAAUCUGUUUCUGACGGGGAAAAAAAGGUUUCCCAAAGAGAGCACCAAGUACAGAGAUCAGAAGUAUGAAGAGUGGCAGUAGUGCUGCAGGACUGCUCAGAAGGAGAGAACAGGACGGGCUGCAAGCAGAGAAGAGCGCCAGGGCAUUGCACAGCGAAAGAAGCACCAGUGUAUAAAGGAUGUGCACUGCCCUUAGCCCAAAGGCCCGAGGCCCUGGCCUCUCUGAUAUGCAUCAGUAUAGUCAGUGGCUGGCCAGUAGACAUGAGGCAAACCUAUUACCAAUGAAGGAGGACUUGGCUUUGUGGCUGACAAACCUGUUGGGAAAGGAAAUAACAGCUGAAACCUUUAUGGAGAAAUUGGAUAAUGGUGCUUUGCUGUGUAGGCUAGCAGAGACUUUACAAGAUAAAUUUAAAGAAAACUGCAUUGAGGUCAACAAGCUUAGAAAGAUAAUGCCAGUGAGGAAAAUUCCAUGCAAAGCCAAUGCACCUUCUGGAUCAUUUUUUGCACGGGACAACACUGCAAAUUUCUUAUCUUGGUGCAGAGAUGUAGGAGUGGAUGAUACUUGUCUAUUUGAAUCUGAAGGUUUAGUCCUUCACAAGCAGCCCAGAGAAGUCUGCCUUUGUUUGCUUGAACUUGGAAGGAUUGCUGCCAGGUUUGGUGUGGAGCCUCCUGGAUUAAUAAAGUUGGAGAAAGAGAUUGAACAAGAAGAAACACUUUCAACUCCUCUUCCAUCUCCUUCACCUUCUCCAUCAAAGUCACCUGGAAAAAAGAAUACAGGAAAACUCCUGGAUGAUGCGGUCAAACAUAUUUCAGAAGAUCCUCCUUGUAAAUGCCCUAGUAAAUUUUGUGUGGAGCGUCUUUCACAAGGAAGAUACAGAGUUGGGGAGAAGAUCCUUUUCAUCAGGAUGCUCCACAACAAACAUGUGAUGGUUCGUGUAGGAGGAGGAUGGGAGACAUUUGCAGGAUAUUUGCUGAAACAUGACCCAUGCCGGAUGCUGCAGAUCUCUCGAGUGGAUGGCAAAACAUCGCCAAUUCAGAACAAGUCUCCAACCAUCAAGGAUAUGAAUCCAGACAGCUACUUGGUUGUUUCUGCCCAUUACAAAACCAAAAAGGAGAUUAAGUGAAAUUACUUUCUCAUUUCAUUGGGGACUCUGUAUAUGUAGGUCCACACUAUCUUCUUGAGUGUAGUCAAAUUAGUUGGCGCUUUAAAAGGACUUGUGAAAAUUACACACAGACUGGAAAUAGCAACCCAUUUUGUGGAUUGUUGAACUGUAGAACUAUUUAUUUCUAGUACUGUACCUUUUUAUAGCAAGUUACCCCGGAUAGGUUAAUUAGUACGAUCAAGAAAAGAAUAGACAUAUAUUUUAGUCAAAUUAUUACUAUAUGAAUGUAUUCCUAGAAUGACAUAAUAUGAUUCACAUUAAAAUGUGGAAUAUAUUUGUAUUUGGGGAGGGGGGUCUACAAUUCCAACCAUUUGCCCCAAUCCAAUGUUCUUGUGCCUUUGGAAGCAUAGUGAGAUCCUGUACUUGCAGGAACCCAGAGUGUUCAUGGAGUCCUUCCACUGAAAUUGUUUUUCACCUUUUACUGUCAAGAGAACUCCAUGCCUGCAUCAGUUGUCCUAUGGCUGUAAGCAAUUGAUGGAAUGGGGUGAUAAAAUGUUUACUACAGUGCAAAAUGAAAAUAACUGUAGCUUGUGAAGCAACUAGUGGAAAAUAUCAACUCUUUUAUCACCUGUAUAUUAAUGUCAGAAUUCCUGAUUUAUAGAUCAGUCUUUUCCAAUUAAUAAAAGAAACAAUCAUGUGAGGUUUUUUUUAAAUGACUGCCAAAGAAUGAAUGCCUAUGUUCCACUGAAAACUACAUUAAGCGAUUUUAACUGAUUAAAUCUUUUAUUUACAUGUGAAUGCAGUAAUAGGAAGAUCUGAAAGCAUUUUAAAUAAGUUGGGGGCUUGUUCCAACCCACACAGAAAGCUUCAAUACAGCCAGUUUAUCAGAUCUUGGGGGUUAAGAGGAAAGUCCACAAGUGCAGUGGGUUGUUGCUUGAUUUUGGAAAAGAACAGAAAGCAAAGAUAGCCACACAAAGAAGGAAUUCCAAGGCUCAGCUUGACUAGCUGGUUCUGAUGCAAUUGAAGACCCUAUCUGCACAAGUACAAAUCUCUGCACUGGCAUUCUUAAAUAAAACUUUCCACACAAUUUUUGCCUCCCCAAGAGUAGAUCCAAUUUCAUUCUCUCCCCUCUAUAGCUCCCAGUAUUUUUUGUUUUGUUUUUUACAAUGUGAUGUUAUAGCAUUGCUGCAUACGUAAAGAAGAGGUUCCAUCGCUGACAAAGUACACACGGACACAUUUAGUGUGCUUCAUAAUUAUUAUUAUGAAUGGGUGUAUUCAGUUCAACAAUUGCCAAUCAUUUUCUUACUUGGAGACUAAGGAAGAGCAGGGGACCUUUGAAAUGGCAACAACCAUGCUGUUCCAAACAAUACAUCCAGCCUUUUUUGUCUUUCCAAUCUGUUGUGACUGAAGGGUACAAUAUAGCUUUAGGCAGUUGCAGAAAUGCAUAAAAUAUGUGCUCAUGCAAUCCCAGAUCAAUCAGAAUCAUCUAGGAUAUAGUUUUGUUUUUUUGGCAAGUGAUGGCAUUAUAGCCUAUUGAUUCAGCUGUUGUUUCCCAAUGACAUUAAUUAUGAAAAUACUGUGUGCAUUCUUUGUAGAUAAAUGCUUCUUUUUGUGGGGUGGAGAGCUAGUGUCAAACAUCUCAAUGAUGUAUAAAAACGAUGAAAUUUGGUUUAUAGAUUUUCCUAAUUUUCUUUGUCUAUGUUUGAUAACAUUUGUGCCUUGCUAGGAUAAUCAUUGUUCAAGGAUUAUUUGAAUGAUGACUGUAUAGAAUGGAGCAGAAAUAUUUGGGUGCCUUAAUAAUAAAAAGUUACUUUCUAAAAUAUUUUCAUAAA